AUGACCCGAAAAAGCAGACGCUAUACCUCGUCAACUCGCCAGAACAACCGCCGCGAGGCGGAUCUGUUCGCUGAAUUUCGUAGCCGCGAUCUCUCGCUAUGUCAAUACCUGUCGUGGUACUUCAGCCCAUCCACAUGAUUUGAAGGCGUUCAAACACACCGACCAAAGCUGUUUAACAGCAACUGGCCCAGCCUCAAGCGUGUACUUGAUCUUAUUCUACGACUUGCAAGCGAGGAUGGCACACAGUCAAGAAGCCGAAUCAAUGACUGGAUCGCCGAGCAGGUGGGCAACACUUCGUACUGCUCAGAUUGAUUCUCCGGAUUCGAAAAAGCUACUGAAUACUUGCCUUAUCCGCGUGCAGGCCGACUCAAUCAUCAUUAAAGAGAUGAAGCGAACCAAGUGCGCCUUCGUCAGUGCUAGCCAUGACUUGACUCCCGAAGUCCUCGCAUCCGAUCACAUCGACGCACGGCUCGAUGCAAUCGCCGAAGACAACCCUUUUAUCAGCGAACGGAUUCGUAACUUGCUAUAA